GGCUGUGGAAGAAGCGGUUCAUCGUGGACGACACUUGCACUCGCCAUCAACCGUCUCUUCAACAUGACGCAAGGCAACACAGCAACACGUGACUGGCUCACGGAAUGGCAAAAGAUCGCGGCAACGCCCGAUCUCGACUUGCCAUUUACGCAUCUGCACCGUGAGUUCUACAACAGGUCAUGCGCUGCAUUGAGCCUUGCUCUUGGUGAUCGCGAGCAGUAUGUAACCUUCGCUGAGAUCAUUGAGAAGGCGAGGGAGAUCAUCAACACCAACAGGGCGGCUGCACACAAGAGGUCAACAUGGCAGCCGACCUAUGUGGAGAAGGUAAUCACUGCAGUCCAAUUGGACAGUGGAGAAGACCCGGCAACCGCCCAAGCAUUACGUGAGGCAGAUCAGGUGGCUGCUGUCCAGCCGCGAAGCAACAACAAGUCCCGAGUUAAUGGGAAGGCGAAAUCAGCAUCGCAGGCCGGAAACGAACAGCCAGCACCAUGGGUCAAGCUCAACUUGAACGAGGCCGAGUACAAGUACCACAAUCGUUACGGCUGCUGUUACUGGUGCAACAGCACCAAGCACAAGACCUCCCUUUGCCAGGAUCAGGCCAAGGAGGAUGUGCGGCCUCCUUCGCCGCAAUCUAUCGCCAGGGAUUCGACGUCAUGGUCAAGACUUGAAGAGCUCGACCCGUUGACGUUCACAGACUUCCAAUGGAUGCCCGUUCCCCCGACUGGUCGAUUGUCGAAACCUCAUUGCAACGUGCUCAUGGCACAAUUGCGGGAGUACUUGCACACUGCAGUACCGACUCCGUUGAUGGACGCCGGAGUAGAGGUUGUCGACCUUCACGCCUACAUUGCGAAGAUUGACCGCGAGUUCAAGACGCAACGUCGGAGUUUGGACGAGCAUGUGGAACACCUGCGCACCGUUUUGGAGAGGCUACGACAAGCCAAGUACAAAGCCAACCGCGACAAAUGUGAAUUCGCGCGGCAGGAGAUGGAGUACUUGGGACAUUAUGUGACGCCGCAAGGCAUCCGUCCGCUGGCGAACAAGAUCGAGGCCCUCCGCGUAUGGCCUGAGCCCACCAACACCACGAACGUUCGUUCAUUCAUGGGGUUGGCGGGCUACUAUCAGCGAUUCAUCACCAGAUACUCAAGGAUUGCUGCACCUAUGACGAGAUUACAAUCGCCAAAGGUGCCAUUCGUAUUCGAUGACGAUGCACGCCGGUCAUUCCAAGCACUUAAGACGACCAUGCUCAUGGCACCCGUCCUUAGCAUCUAUGACCCCACCCUGCCCACGAGAGUGACAACUGACGCUUCCGGCUAUGGCAUUGGGGCAGUCUUGGAACAACACGACGGUGACGACUGGCACCCUGUGGAGUAUUUCAGCCACAAAGUGCCUCCCAUCAACUCGCUUGAUGAUGCAAGGAAGAAGGAGCUGCUCGCGUUCGUGAUGGCUCUCAAGCGAUGGCGACACUUCCUCCUUGAGUGUCGUAGGUUCACAUGGGUUACGGACAACAACCCACUGACUUACUACAAGACGCAUGAUACGGUGAGCAGCAUGAUCGGACGAUGGAUGUACUUCAUCGACCAAUUUGACUUCACACCGAAACAUCUUCCCGGCCUCUCCAAUCGCGCAGCAGAUGCACUCUCGCGAAGACCUGAUCUUUGCGUUAUGACACAUCAUGCCUUCGCAUUCGACGAGGAACUUCAGCGACACUUCAUCCGGUGAUAUGAGUCAGAUCCGAACUUCGCCACGUUGUAUGCGCAGCUAUCUUCGGAUCACCCGCCGGCCAGCCACUAUCGCAUUGUCGACGGGUACUUACUCCUCCACUCGAGAGGCAAGGACUUAUUGUGUGUCCCACGAUACCAUCGUCUUCGGACUCGCAUUCUCGGUGAGUAUCAUGACUCGCGUCUCGCGGGCCAUUUCGGAG